AUUCUUUUAAAUAGUGAGAGAAAUCAAAAGAUAUUUUAGAGCCUAACGUUUCUGUCAAAUCCCAAUGUUGACUGCAAUGGCUGAUGGGGAGCAACACUUCACCAUCUAUGAUCCCACCUCCAAUCUGCCAGUGACAGUAAAUAAUGUGGUUCAAAGUGCAGAAGAUGCUCAAGCUGUGCAGAGCAUUCAGUAUACCACCACAGCAGAUGGUGUGCAGGUGGCUCAGAUGGGAUCAAAUGAUGUCAUACAGGUAGCACAAGCUGAUGCCAGUUUUCAGCAGGCUGCAAGAUUCCAGACUAUAAGAGCAGGACAGCCACAAGUUAUUUCUAAUACAUCUUUUACUCCUAAUACUCAGGUUGCAUCAAUAGUCCAGUCAAAUGUCCUUCAAAAUGUGCACCAAACUCAGACUGCCCAGCCUUCUCAAGCACCAGCCAUUGGCAGCUCAUCUUCCAACAUCAUCCCACAGAUGCUUUUUCUCAACCAGGUUUCAAUCAAUGGACACACAUCUUAUGUCCUUGUUUAUGCUAAUAACAAACCAGUUCAGCUUCCCCAGGGAAUACAAGUGAUCAAUCUACCAACCCAACAACUAGCAGGCCAACCAAUCCAGAUGCCGACCAGUGAUACCGGGGAUGAGCCUCUGUGCGUCAAUGCUAAGCAGCAUCACAGGAUAUUAAAGAGAAGACAAGCCAGGGCUAAACUAGAAUCAGAAGGAAAGAUUCCUAAAGAAAGACAGAAAUAUCUGUACGAGUCUCGUCAUCGACAUGCUUUGAAUCGAACACGAGGAAGUGGAAGCAUAUUUGUAAAGGGCAUGGAGCAGAGUUUCUUCCAG